AUGGGAAACUGGAGUGGGACCCAUGUAGAGAAAUUCAUUCUGGUGGGCUUUCCUACAUCGCAACCCCUUCAGCUGUUUCUCUUUGUCCUUUUUCUGACCUUCUACCUGAUUACUGUUCUGGAGAAUGCUCUGAUUGUAUCUACUAUAUGGCUCACACCUGCCCUCCACCGUCCAAUGUAUUUUUUCUUGGGGCAUCUGUCCUUCUUGGAGAUGUGGUACAUCAAUGUUACUGUACCUCGCCUAUUAGGAGCCUUCCUUAACCAGCAUCUUUGGAUUUCCUUUGUGGGCUGUAUGACCCAGCUCUACUUUUUCAUCGGGCUGGCCUGCACUGAAUGUGUCCUUUUAGCUGUCAUGGCUUAUGAUCGAUACCUGGCCAUCUGUGAGCCCCUUCGCUACUCCAGCCUCAUGCCUUCAACUCUAGCUACCCGCCUCGCAGCAGCUUCCUGGGGCAGUGGCUUUUUUAGCUCCAUGAUGAAGCUCUUAUUCAUUGCUCGGCUGUCCUAUUGUGGACCCAAUGUCAUCAACCACUUCUUCUGUGACAUCUCUCCUCUUCUCAACCUCACUUGUACAGACAAGGAACAAGCUGAGAUGGUAGAUUUCCUCCUGGCCUUGAUAAUGAUCUUGCUCCCUCUGCUGGCAGUUGCAUCCUCUUAUGUUGUCAUCAUUAUGACCAUCCUUAAGAUCCCUACUGCUCAGGGAAGAAAGAAGGCAUUUUCAACCUGCGCUUCACACUUGGCAGUAGUUAUUAUUUUCUACUCCUCCACCCUCUUCACAUAUGCUCGACCUCGGGCUAUGUAUGCCUUUAACUACAAUAAAGUUAUAUCUGUUUUAUAUACUGUUAUUGUGCCUCUCCUCAAUCCUGCCAUCUACUGCCUGAGGAACAAGGAAAUAAAAGAUGCUUUAAAGAAAACAGUACUGGGACGAUGUCACCAUCUUGGGGAUUCUCGAGAUUGA